AUGCGACCAUUGGCGACGGAGUUGGCGACGCGUCUUACCCAAGUUAACGCUGCUAAGCAAAGAUGGCUGGUGGUGGAAAAACAGGGGAAACAGUACCUCUACGCCACAUACAAGUUCAAGAGCUUCAAACGCACGUGGGACUUCCUCAAUGGCGUCGCUACCUGCGCCCACACUCAACGCCAUCACCCGGAGAUAUUCACCGUGUACAACCGCGUUGAUCUUUGGCUCACCACUCACGACCAAGGCGAUGUUGUCACUGAAAAGGACUUUGACCUCGCCGAAGGCGCCAACGAUGUUAUUAGCAAAUUGCCAUGA